UUACAAUCUCUCCAGUAGAGUUUGCUGUGGCUGUUUGCCUGCCUUCCUCCUGUCGGCUCCACCCUGUCCAUGUAUCAACUCUGUGACGGUUCACGUUAUUGGACGGGGGGGAGUCUGUGGAAGUGCUGAGCUGCCUCCCGACGAGUCAUAAGCAGCCUGCACCUACCAUUGUAUAUGAGUCAAAGAGUUGACGGGAAAGCGGAACCAGGCGAACAACACCCGGGAAUCUUGUGGAAAUCCCAGCAGUGAGCGGCGGGCUACGGCGGGCAGACGGCUCAAGUCUAACCGGAGGAGCAGGACGCAGAGCUCCACGGAAUUAUAGGUGCACCGGAGUCUGCCGACGACAUGGACAAUAAAUAGUUGGUUGGAUCCAACAGAAGUCAUGGAUGCAAGCUGGAAAAACUCCUUCGAAGAGGAGCUGCUGUGUCCCAUUUGCCUGAACGUUUUUGAGGAACCUGUCCAGCUGCUGUGCAAGCACAACUUCUGCAAGGGAUGCAUCUCCGAGGCCUGGGCCAAAGACACCGCUGCGGUCCGCUGCCCUGAGUGUAAUCAUGACUACGAGCAGAAACCCACACUGGAGAAGAACUUUAAGCUGGCCAGCAUAGUGAAGCAGUUCAACGCCUUGAACACUGAGAAAGUCCCUGCUAUGCUGCACUGUGUCCUUUGCAGGCGAGGCCCCCCGCUGCCUGUGCGCAAGAUCUGUCUGCGCUGUAAGGAGCCCUGCUGCCAAAUUCAUAUCCAGACGCACCUACAGCAGCCGUGUGCGGCCCCUGGACACCUGUUAGUUGAUGCCGAGGAGCUGAAGGCUUGGACCUGUCCCAGCCACGAGGAGUACAGGCUGCUCCACUGUGAGGAUGAGCAGGUGGCUUUGUGUCCGUUCUGCUGCAUCUCUCACUGCACCAACCAAAGACACACAGUCCGUGAUGUGGAUAGGCAGCGCAUACAAAUGCAGGCCAUGCUAAUGAGGCAGCAAGAGAGACUGGAGGGUCGUGUCCAGAACAUCGAUGAGCAGCUCACCAAGCUGGACUCAGACAAGACACUGAUGAAGUAUGCAGUGUCUGAACUGAAGGAGCACGUGAGAGACCAGUAUCAGAGGAUGCAUGCGCUGUUAGAAGCAAACCAGGCUGAAACCAUGCAGAUGCUAGAUGGCACUUACACCAUAUAUGCGAGGAAGAACUCCCAGCAGGUUGUGCAACUUAAUGAGAGGCGCCAGGAAGCGGAGAAACUCCUGAGCUCGGUACACAUGUUCUUCCAAAGAGCAGACAGCAUUAACUUCAUGAAGAACACAAAACCGUACCAGCUGCUAAUAGACAGGUCAAACUCACACCUGAGUACUGCCAUCCCUCCACUCAGAGUGGGCCAGCUCAGCUCUCAUCAUUUGGUAUCGGAGCUCUUGUCAAGAGAGAAGAAUCUGCAAAAAAUACUGGAAGAGCCAUUCAAUGAGGCGCUAAUCCUUCAGAUUGUCCAGUCUCACAGUGGCUCUUCUGGCUCCCAUAUGGGGACUAGUUCAGGACUACAGAAGAGGAAAUAUGGCAAUGCCUUCCUGGAGAGUAACACAGAAAACUCAGCCACCUUGGAUCCUCAGUCAUUGCUCUACAGCAACAAAAAAUCCUUCCUGUCUGACCAGACCCAUCAUGCUUCAUCUGUGUACUCCACUGAAGGCUUUUCCCAGAAUCCUCACACUGGCCCUGCCCAUAGUCAGCUCCUUGAUGCUUCAGCCCAUCACACGGUGGGUCUGGGAUCAGGGUCCAGCUCUAGCCAUCACUCAGGGACCUUAUUCCCCACUUCCCACUUCGCCAGUGGAGGUGCCUCACAACAAGCCAUGUACGAAGGGAGAAAGGUACUGAUGUGCACUCUGAAUAACUGCUACUGCUCCAGGGCCUCCGCUGCUCAUGCCCAGCCUCCAUACCCAGUGCCAGACUCCUACCCCUCCAUGACCUCUCAGGAGUUUCCCUCACAUGCUCCGCUACCUGCAAACCAACCACUGCAGCAGUUUCCUGCAAGGGCACUGAUGGAAGCCUCACAGGCAGCCAGGCACCAUGAGUACUACGGGUUGUUCGGCCUGCCUUCAAACAAGCAUUAUGGGAUCAAGUGAAAAACAGUUUGUCCCAUUUGGUUCAAUGACAGUUGGCAUCAGAAUGUACCUGUUUGCCUUUUGUUUGUUUCUAUUUUGGUUCUGAGAUAAGUUGUCAGCUUGUGUCUCCAGCACACCUUGAUGCUAAUGUAAUUUACUUGAAACCAUGUCCUGCUACCGUUGGUAGCCCUCCUUACUUUCUCAAUCACAGCAAGAGCAGUAAUGCUGUAAUCUGAAAACACAGUGCUUGUGUUUUUAUUUAUUUUCUGUUUCAAUUCAACUGGAAGCGCUAAUGUGAAUAAUGUAGUCUUAAAUCAAUUUAAGCAGUGAACUAAAGAAACAACAUAUCCUGAGUCCUGAUGUUGGACUCCAGAGACUCCAGUGCCUAAAAAAGACUGUUAACACUCUUAUUUUACUUGCAAGUUAUAGCUCUUGAUAAUUUCCUGUUUGUGGCUGAACGCAUCCAGGGAGCCUCUCCAUGCACUCCAAAGUCCAUGUGGCUGUAAAACACUGGACUGCAAAUGCUUGUAAGGUUUUUCAUGAGUUUUUCUACAAGAUUAUGAAUAAACCAGAAUCAGUGGAGUACUGAAUAAACAAGCAUAUUAAAUUA